AGGUAGAUGAACAUUUUAAUCUUUAUCUUUAGUUUUCCGAUCUAAUUGUCUUAUCUUUAGUUCUUCAACUGUGAAAUUGGCGAUUUUAAACCAAUUUUUAUCGAAUUUGAGCUAUUUUCCAUGAAUUUAAGCGACUUUUCGUUCACUUUGAGCUUAUUUUCACUGAUCAAUUUAGUUGGUGUUAGGAAUUGAAGAUGGGGCCGAGGGUAGUUGCUUGUUUUUUUCUGGGUUUGAUUCUUUUCUCCAGCGUUGCUAGUGCCGGUGAGGGUUUGGUGAGAGUUGGACUGAAGAAGAAGCGGCUGGAUAGAGCUAGCUUAACGGCUGGUAAGAUUUCUGCCUGCAAUGGUGAUAUUGCUGAUGCGCUCACACGUAAGUUUGGUCUGCAAGAGAAUUCGAAGUUGGAGUCCGAUUCUAGUGAUUACGUAUCUUUGAAGAAUUAUUUGGAUGCUCAGUAUUAUGGGGAGAUUGGAAUUGGAACCCCAGCUCAGACUUUUACGGUUAUUUUUGACACGGGGAGCUCCAACCUUUGGGUGCCUUCUUCCAAAUGCUAUUUCUCGCUGGCCUGUUAUUUUCAUUCAAAGUUCAAGGCAUCACAGUCUAGCACAUAUGAAAAAGAUGGCAAAUCUUGUGACAUUCAGUACGGCAGUGGUUCCAUAUCUGGCUUCUUGAGUAAAGAUCAUGUAACUGUUGGUGACCUUGUUGUGAAAAACCAGGUUUUUGCUGAGACAACGAAGGAACCGGGGUUAACCUUCUUGGUGGCCAAGUUCGAUGGCAUUCUAGGACUUGGAUUUCAGGAGAUAUCUGUUGACAAGGUUGUGCCAGUUUGGUAUAACAUGAUUGACCAGGGCCUUGUCCAAGAGCCAGUCUUUUCAUUUUGGAUGAACAGGAAUGCAGAUGAAGAGGAGGGCGGGGAGAUUGUGUUUGGAGGUGUUGAUGCUAACCACUUUAAGGGAAACCAUACCUAUGUGCCUGUUACAAGAAAGGGAUAUUGGCAGUUUGAUAUGGGAGACUUUCUUGUUGGUGAUGAAUCAACAGGCUUCUGUGCUGGAGGCUGUGCUGCCAUUGCAGAUUCUGGAACUUCCCUGCUAGCUGGUCCAACGGGUAUUGUUACACAAGUCAACCAUGCAAUUGGUGCAUCUGGUAUUGUCAGCCAAGAAUGCAAAACUGUAAUAUCACAGUACGGUGAUAUGAUAUUUGAGCUCCUGAUGGCACAGACAAGUCCUCAGAAGGUUUGUUCUCAGAUCGGCUUGUGCUCUUAUGAUGGUCAAAGGGAUGUCAGCAUGGGUAUAGCUAGUGUUGUAGAUAAAGAAGCUCGAGAAACUGAGGCCUCUUCUGGUUCCAACGAUGCAAUGUGCACUGCUUGUCAGAUGGCAGUUGUGUGGAUGCAGAACCAAGUUUCCCAAAACCAGACUAAGGAACAGAUUCUCACCUACAUGAAUCAGCUCUGUGAACGAUUGCCGAGCCCGAAUGGAGAAUCAGUUGUUGACUGUGAUAAAAUAUCAAGCAUGCCAACUGUUACGUUUUCUAUUGGAAGUGAAAAAUUCAGUCUCACAGCAGACCAGUAUAUUCUUAAAGUCGGCGAAGGUGCUGCGACUCAGUGCAUAAGUGGAUUCAUGGGUUUGGAUGUUCCUCCCCCACUGGGGCCUAUAUGGAUUCUCGGUGAUAUUUUCAUGGGUGCGUUCCAUACAGUUUUUGAUUACGGGAACUUAAGAGUAGGCUUUGCAGAAGCUGUCUGAUAAUGUACAUAUAAAUUGCCUGCAGUGAACAAUUAGUGUAAUAUUGCGUAUAGGCAAACCAUGCACGUUACUUCAUCAUAUCAAAACUUUCAAAUUUAAUCUUUUUUAGUACUUGGAUAUUUUCUUGUGUAGAGUAUCUUAAGUAUCUGGUUUCUUAAUUCUACACAGUCGUUUUACAAUGUUACCGUUGUAAACUUACAUAUGUACAGCAAAACAACCAUGUACGCUCCAGGAAGGAACUUGUUAUGACUUGCUCGUUCAUCUGGACGGUGUUCGUCAAUUACUUGGUUGUGUAAACAAAAUGACAGAAAAUUGCUUUUUGCUUAAAAUGAUUAUUUAGAAUAAGAUAUGUAUAUGAAAUCACUUUAGAAUGAUAUAUGUAUAUGAUUGUAUUUAUUUUACAAUUUUA